AUGACGUCCCGAAUGUUGCUCCGACCCGCCGUUCUCGCCGCCACUAGACAGGCCUUCCUACAGCGGGCAUUCACCGUCAGCGCCGCCCGCUUCGUCUUCAAGGAGAGCACCUACGCUACCGAGUCGCACGACCCGGAGAGGCACAAGCAGGACCUGCUAGCGAAGCAGAAGGCCGGAACGGCCCACUGGAAGCCCGAGCUGGCUACCGAUAGCGAAGAGGCCGUCAAGGCCGACCGACACGGCGGCGAGGGUAAGGAGGACAUACACACCCUGCAGGAGCGCACCAAGUCCGCCGCCGAGGAGACGAGCAGAGCCGGCACCAGCAUGCGCGAUGGCUUACUCGACUUGAUGGACAGGGACGAUACGGUACAGAAGUGA